AUGACGUUGGCAUCGUGGACCCUCUUCCUCACCGCUGUCCUGCUGACUGCCACUCGUUGGGUAUUGUCACCGAAGCUUCGUCUCCCACCAGGCCCGCGAAGGUGGCCGCUAAUAGGAAAUCUACCUCAACUAUUUCUGGAGCACCCGUGGAAAGCUUUUGCUCGGUGGGCACGGGAAUACGAAUCCUCAAUCAUCUCCGUCACUGUUCUAGGAACGACAUUUAUCAUACUCAACGACGAACGUUCGAUUCGAGAGCUUCUUGUAGAGCGUGCUCUGAUCUAUUCCGACCGGCCGUGCACGAAAUGGUUUGAGAAAAUAGGUAUUUCACGGCUGUUCUUUUUUCAGGACUACAACGAUAAGUGGAAGCGUGUGUUUCAUCGAAUUCUGUACCCCGGUUCGACCACGUCGAAGAAUUUCAUCGUGCUUCAGGGGAUUAUAUUCUCUCCAUGGUCUACGGAAUACCUCUCGACAGGCAAGCAGAUUAUGUCGCUCUUUCUCAUGAGACGGAUACCUUGGAGUGCUAAUUCAAAACGAAAACUUCCAGUGAACCACCUCCCAUUUCCUAUUAACUUUCCCUCGUGGUUUCCCGGAACUACAUUCAUCAAUCAAGCCAAAAAAUGCACAGUGUUCGUCGACAAAAUGAUACGCACUCCUUUCAAUACCGCCAAGGAUGACAUUAAGAGAUGUGGUAGUACUCCUUCCAUUGCGUCUCGGUUCUUUGCGAUGUUCGAGGGAAAACCUCUAGACCCGUUCGAGAUAGACGAAGUGGCGAACGUUUUGGGUGUCGCCUACGCUGCCGGAAUCGACCCAAUCUUCGCACUGCUGACAUCCUUUGCCACGGCGAUGCUCUUGUAUCCAGAAGUCCAGCGCAAGGCCCAUGCAGAACUAGAUACAGUUCUCAGUGGCCGCAUUCUGGACUUUGGCGACUACGGAAAGAUCCCUUAUAUCGAUGCACUUAUCAGCGAAUUGCUUCGAUGGAACCCGGUAGCCCCUCUAGGGCUGUUUCGAUCACUGAAGCAAGACGAUUCGUACCACGGCUACACCUUCCCAGAGGGUUCAAUAAUUAUAACGAAUAUAUGGGCAGUCCUCCACGAUGAACGACAUUAUGGCCCCGAGCCGGACAAAUUUAUUCCAGAGAGAUUUCUGAGGUCUGACGGCAGUAUUGACCUAGAUCGUGCAAAUGCCGAGGGGGCCUUUGGCUUUGGGCGGAGGAGCUGUGCUGGUCAACGUAUUGCUCGCGAAUUUGCUUGGAUCGUGAUCGCAUCGAUACUCAGUGUCUAUGAGAUAGCGGAUGGGGUGGAUCUGAAUGGAAAGCCGCUAGAUGGGUCUGAGAUCAAGUACACAAGCAGUCUUGGCACGACAUAUGUCGUUAUGGAGCUCGUCAAGCUCGUGGAAUCCCCUCCCAACCUCGACACGAGGAUCGUAGAUGCCAUCAAGUGGCUUGCAACGGUGCCAGCUCCUCCUGGCCACCUUCUGGGACCGCUGGGAGGUGGGUGUAUCCGCCACAGCUUCUUCGCGGACGGAGAAACACCCGAGCCAUACGUGAGUGUCCAAGCCCUCAAGCGCUACAUGGAUAAGGGGCGCAGAAGGCUCUACAACGGUGGCGAAGGCGUCAAACGCGCCACCGUCGCGGACGAGAGGCUCAUCUGCACGCAGGCAAAUGUGCACCCCACCCACUUCGGCGUCGACGAGCACGGCAAGACGGUCGUCAUGGGCUUUGGCAGCAUCUCGUACCUGCCAGAGUCCUUUGCGAGGUAUGCCCUCCUGGGCGACGACAAGUUCGGCAACGUUCCCGACGCCCUAGGCUGGGCAGGCGCGGAUCAAAUCGAUGCAAUGGCCAGGAUCUCUGGUAACCUGGGCAUGACGGCCGACCCAGGCCUUGGCCUGGACGCAAACGGUGAUCCCGUGGAGACCAAGUGA